AUGACUUCUUCCCCUAUUCUUUUACCUACUUCACCUAUCACAACUCCUCUAUCUCCUGAACUUCUUCCCUCUCAUUUUGUACAAGCUCUUCAUGACUUUUUUCCCGCUAAUGCGCCUGCUGACAAUGUAUCUGCCUGUUUAUUCUUCCAACGUGGUGCCAUCAUUGAAGUUUACAAUCGUGACGAAUCGGGAUGGUGGGAUGGUGUUACUGACGGACUUCGAGGUUGGUUUCCUUCAAAUUAUGUGGGCCGAUUAGGCGAAUUACAACGUCACUCUACUGAUUAUGAAGAUAUACAAGAUACAACUCAACUACAAGAAUUUGAAGCUUGGCGGCGACGUUUAUUAUCUUCUACAACUGAUUACUUAUUGGAAGAUGUUAGUAAUCGUAUUUCAGAUUUGGUAGAAGAUUGUGAUCAACAUCAUAUAAAUAGCAAUAUUCAACUCGUCAUUUUUCAAGUUGUCUCUUCUAUUCGAUCUGUAUUGACUGCUGCAAAUACGGUUAGCAAAGAUAGUCCACUAUUGAUGACAUAUCCUGAAUUGGCUCGUCAACGAAAAAGUGUUUUGGCUUCCCUCAGCAAAUUAGUCCUCAAAGGAAAAGAAUUACAAGCUCUUUAUCAUGUCAAUGAUGAUCAGCAAGUACGACUUAAGGUUCAAGAGGAUAUUCCUACUUUGGCAAAUCAACUACUCAUGGAUAUGGCCUUAUUCGAAAAUCUAUUACGAUCAAUCACCCCUUCCUUUCCAGCACUCAACUCUUCAAACAAUUUACGACAACAAUUAGUGGCUGCUCGACUUUCAAGUGCAUCACUUAUUGCUCAAGUAGUACCUCUUCCGGAUGCUCAAAAUAUCAUUCAAACAAUCUUGGAUCAUCAAGCAGAAAUUGACGAACUUAUUCGCGCAUUACUGAUUACAGUGGAAGAAUUCUUAUCUUCUCGACAACGGGCAACUCAUAUGUUGGAAAUGACAAGAAAGGCUGUAGAAGCUGUACGAACAUUUUUAGCUGUGGUGGAACAUGUUUGUUCAAACGUUGGUGAUUUGGAUUACAAACAUUGCUCAGUCAUUCCGGAAGAUCCCCAUCUGGUGGCACUCGUUUUGGCCAAGGAGGCAGUUUAUAGUUCAAUUACGAAUCUAGUAACAGCAGUGCGUGCGCUUACGGGUCCUAAAGGGCAACACUCUGAUGAUUCUGACGAUCUAUACCAUUUACAAUCAAGCUGUGAAAAUGUUAUCCGAACAACAAAUGAAUGUGCUUCCUGCAUCCGUACAUGUCUCUAUGUGGAAGAUCCAUCUCUUGAUUUACCUCCCCUGACUGCUUCUUCUCUUCAUGAAAUGAGAGAUCGUUUGGAAAACUCGGUGGAUACAAGACGAAAUCAAACUCUUAGUAUUUUGGGUAGAAAGGUCACAAGUCUCAAUGCUUUACAACGACGAUACAACAGCGAAGGUAGUGGUGAUAGCGACAGUUCAUCCAUCACAGUGACCAAUCACGAUACUAGCUCUCAUGUUACCACGAAAUCACAUACAUUAACGGAAACAACCGAUUUACCACCCACACCAGCUGAUACACCAACUGAACCUUGGUUCUUGAAACAACGAACAUUCUCUCCCGAUGAAGUGAUCACCAACGCUGACGGCCAUUUGACUGGAGCAACCAUAGAGGCAUUGGUAGAAAAAUUGACAUUGCAUGAAAUGUCUCCAGCCUUUGAUGAUUUGAAUUUAUGGAAAAAUCGUGUCCUUGUUCCUGUCCGUUUACGUGUUUACAAUGUGAUCAAGACUUGGUUGGAAACCUACUAUCGCUAUGAACAAGAUGAUGUGGAAGAUCAACUUAUGGCCUUGGCCACUGAAGAUAUGCAAGAAGCUAUGCCUGGUCCUGCUAAAAGAAUGAUUGAUUUGAUUCAACGAACAGAAUUAACUAGCGAAUAUAAUCCAUUACGACCUCCUUUACACUCUAAAACAUCCUCCAGUCACUUGUCACUAUCCUCUGGAUCAUCUUUGUUCUCUGAUCUCUCCUUGUUUGGCAGUGAUAGUCAUCAUAGUAACUCAUCAUCUUCAUCAUCUUCUGAACAAUUCAAUUAUCCUCCCAUCAAUCUUACUCGGUCUCUUCGUAACGCACUUCGAAAAGCUAUCAACCAGAAUAAUCUCAAUUUGGUACAUGUCAACGAUUUUGACUGUAUGGAAUUGGCUCGACAAUUUACUUUGAUGGAAAGUGCCUUAUUUUGUCAAAUUACUCCUUAUGAAAUGAUUGGUCAAGAGUUCAAAAAGAAGGUUGGUCAAAGCACCGCUAUUCAUGUCAAGGCAAUGAUUCAAAAAAGUACUCAAGUGACAAGCUGGAUCUCUGAUUCUAUUCUACGAGAACAAGAACCAAAACGACGUGCUCAAAUGCUCAAAUUUUGGAUCAAGGUUGGAGAUUGCUGUCUUCAAAUGAACAACUACAACACAUUAAUGGCAAUACGCUCGGCGCUGGAUUCGACGAGCAUAAGACGACUCAAGAGAUCAUGGGAUCAUCUAUCAACAAAAUAUAAGGCCAUGUUGGAACCAAUUUAUAGGGCGACCGACUCCUCACGCAAUUUUGCAGAAUACCGUGCUCGAUUGAAAACAGCAGUAGCUCCUUGUCUUCCUUUCCUUGGUGUGUAUUUGACCGAUAUGACAUUUAUUGAUGAUGGUAACAGCAAUCAUCGAACCACACCCUCUGGUCAUACAGUAAUCAACUUUGACAAGUACAUCAAGACAACUCGUGUAUUGAACGAAAUCGAUCAAUUCCAAAUCCCUUACAAGUUAUUGGAAGUCGAGGAAAUACAACGUUAUUUGGCAAGAUGUUUGGAAACAGUGGAAAAAGAUGAACAAGUGUUUUACAACAGAAGUGUGGCUUUGGAACCUCGACAAGAAGAAAUGAUCGUCAAUGAUAUUCGUCAAACUAUUAGUCACCUUACCUAA